AUGGCGGCUCUUCUCUACAGAGACGUGACGGCGGCCGAUGGCUCGGGGGCAGACGGUUCACAACGAGCAGUGAAGCUGUCGAUAUUAUGCCUAGCCAUGGCUGUUUUUGCAGGUAUCCUCGUUGUUAUCCGUUUUGUUGGCAGAUACCUAAAGCGCUCCAUCGGCGCAGACGACUGGACAAUACUGGCAGCUUUUGUCCUUGCAGUUCUUUACACUGCCAUACAGAUAACCUGUGUACAACAUGGCCUAGGGAAGCACACCUGGGACGUUUCUCCAGAGGAUAAAGUGAUAACAUUAAGGUACUUGUACAUUCUACAAGUUUCAUACAAGAUAUCUCUUUCUCUCAUCAAGAUAUCAUUCCUCCUCCUCUUCGUACGGAUAUUUUACGUCCAGAAACUGUUUGUAUGGACAUGCUAUGUGCUCAUGGCAAUAACAACGGCUUCUGGGAUCGCCUUUACAUUUCCCACUGUGUUCCAAUGCAAGCCCAUACGCGCAUAUUGGGACCGUUCCGUGCCACACAAAUGCAUCGAGAAUGCACAAUGGAGAGUGUCAUAUGCACUACUCAAUGUUAUCACCGAUUUCUUUAUCCUAUUUCUUCCAAUCCGAGAAUCCAUUUUACUUUUGUCCGGCAGAAGGGACAAAAUACUAGUUAUCUUUAUCUUUUCCCUUGGCUUAUUUUGCUGUGUAGUUAGCAUUAUUCGAACCACAACUAUCUUCGGAACCUCUGACAACCAUGACCCAUUAUGGAGUGUCGCCCUUAUCUCGGUAUGGAGUGCGAUUGAGCUCAAUACAGGCAUCAUAGUUGCCUGUUUGCCCAUGCUCCGGCAGUCGUUCUUUAUAAUAUUUCCAAGAUCACCAUCUAGCUUUGAAACCACGUCUUACAGCGUUGAGCACUUUCCGCACCGAAUAAAGGACUAUAGAUCCAGCAAAUCGGGCCCCACUUCGACCGCUUUAGGUGGAAGACACUCACGCUCAACUACCCGUAAUGAGCAUCUUUCCAUGGGGGCUGUCCGGACGGAUACAGACUAUAACAAAACAAUGACAGGCGGGAGGACAGAGAGCCAGGAGAGGAUUGUGACCAUUUAUGGUUAUGGAGCCUCGGCGGGCCGUAAGCCCGGGCCGAGGUUUCUCCACGCUCUUAAUUUUUUGACCAGCGGGGCGGCUGAAGAGCAGAGGAAGUGUUAA